UUGAGAAGUGUAGUUCUAGACCUAGAAGCUGUCGUGGCUGAUGGCACGCGCCAUAAGCCGUGUCCUCACAUGACUCCGAAAGCCGGUGGAGACGCGGGUCGAAGAUGUAUACGCAGCUCAUGGCAGCACGACAGGUGUCUCAGCGGAUGCUGAGCACCAGCGCUAACAGGCAGGUGGUGAACCGCGUACCACAGAAGCAGAAAAUGUUUCAAGAGGACAAUGGCGUUCCAGUGCACCUGAAGGGUGGCACCGUAGAUGCAGUCCUCUACAGGGCCACCAUGGGCCUGACCAUCAUGGGAACAGGAUAUGUCAUCUAUGAACUGAUAAAGGCAGCUGUUCCAAAGAAGAAGGAGUGAAUCCAUCCUAUUGCCCUCUUCAAAGUCGUCCAUUGAAUGUAAAUGAGAACCAUUUUCAGGGAGUGUUUUUGUUCUGUCAUCCAUGUCCACUUGGAAUUGAUUCAGUCCAGUCUUACCUGAGGACAAUAAAAUCAGCUUCUCGAGA